CAUCGUCGUCGUCGUCGUCGUCGUCGUCGUCCCCCACCGGCCUAGUCGAAAAAGUCGGCUUCGGUCCCUCGCCGGGCUGGAUUAAUGGCGACCCCUACGCCUUUCCGUCCGCUGCUCGGGCCGAGCCGCAUCCUGUUGGGCUCCCUUAGGGCGAGCCGCCGGGCAUCGUCGUCGUCGGCGCCCCUGGCCGCGGCCGCAGCACGAUGCAUCGGCCGGCAUCACCGCCACGCCGCGGCCUCGCGAUCCUUCUCAUCACUACCCCCGUCCCGGCCCAACGACCCGGACAUUGAACGCAUAAUCCAGCAGGCCGAAGCAGCCGCCGCCAAAACACCACCACCCCCUAGCACCUCGCCCAACACCCCCAACUCCUCCCCCACCGAGCGCCCGGAGGAGGCAGCCAUUCCCGAGCCCGGGCCAGAACCACAGCCCAAAACCUCAACAAGAAAAACACCCCCCGAAGACGGCGACUUCAAGCCCACCGACGGGCGGCCGUCCCCCUUCUCGCACUUCAUGGACAACCUCCAGACCCGGUUCCUGGCGGGGACGCAGACGCUCAACGAGCUGACGGGCUACGACUCCAUCGAGGGCAUCAAGCGCCGCAACGCCCAGCUCGAGGCCCAGCUGUCGGAAGCCCAGACCACCCUCCGCGAUGCCCGGGCGCGCUACAAGACGGCCCAUUCCGCCCGCGCCUCGACGCAGCGCGAGGUCACGACCCUGCUCGCGCGCAAGGACAGUUGGGCGCCGCCCGACCUCGAGCGCUUCACGCACCUGUACCGGCACGACCACGCGCUCGAGGCCGAGGCCGCGCGCGCCGCCGAGGCGCUGACCGAGGCCGAGGCCGACGAGGCCGCGCUGUCGCAGCGCCUCAACAGCGGCAUCAUGCGCCGCUACCACGAGGAGCAGAUCUGGUCCGACCGCAUCCGCCGCGCCUCCACCUGGGGCACCUGGGGCCUCAUGGGCGUCAACGUGCUGCUGUUCCUGGCCUUCCAGUUCGUCGCCGAGCCCUGGCGCCGCCGCCGCCUGGUCACGAGCAUCGCCGAGGGCGAGAAGGGGGUUUUGGACGAGGUGCGCCGCGAGCUCGAGGCCGUGCGCUCGUCGCUGGCGUCGUUUGAGAAGGCCGGAAACGCCGCCCGUGGUGGUGGUGCCGCUGCUGCUGCUGCUGCUGCUGCUGCUCCCAUAGCAGCCACGCCGCCGCCGCCGCCGCCGCCGCCGGCAGACGACGUCGCCGUCCCCUCGCCACCACCCCUCAAGCCCAUGUCGCCGCCCCCACAAAGAUCAUCCUGGUCUGAACUCGCCUCGGACCCCAAGCUGUGGCGGCCCGCCGUGACGGACCUGUGCAGCGACCUGUGCAGCGAGAGACGCGUGCAGCUGCGUAUGCGCGAUGUGUCCGUCAUCGCCCUCGAGAGCGCCCUCGCUGGCGCCAUCGUCGUCGUCACCGCCACCAGCCUCGUGUUCAGGAGGUGA